AUGAUCAGUUGCGUAAUAUGCUUGUGUGCGUGCUACUGUGUGGCCCGUCACGAGCCAGCUCAGAUGAGAUACAGUUUAGAUAAGCUACAAUGUGACGCUUUGAUGCUACUCAACCGACCGCAAGACGAUCUCCGCAGCCUUCUCAAAUCAAAGCAUGUUCAGGGUUUUGAGCUCCAUGAUGUCCACAAGUCCCUCAAUAAGACCAAAGUCACAGAGACGGUAGAGGCCGCUCGUUCUGCCAUCGCUUCAUCUGGCGGUGGCCCGCUAUUCCUGGCACUACCAGCCCAUCCCGAACUGUUGGCUAAGUACUACGACUUGAGAACGAUGAUCAAGAAAGUAGAUUUAUUGAUGGUGGAGACACAUAACUUGGGAGUGGUCAAGAAGAUGACAUAUCAUCCGAGUCGGUUGAGCGGAAUGUGGGAUAUGAUGAACACGGAUUCAGUAGUAGAUCUCGUCGUCGGCCUAGGAGUUCCAGCUUCAAAAGUAGUUAUUAGUCUACCCGCUACCGCUCAUCAGUUCACAUUGGUGAACGAAACUCUCAGUACUCCUGGCAGUCCUACUGUAGAUGAUGAGCCUAAGGAGAUCGACCAAGCUGAGCUGUGCAGGCAGCUGAAGAGCGGAAGGUGGACAUUGGAAAGGGAUCAGGAUCUGUCAGCGCCUUAUGCUUUUAAGGACAAGACCUGGAUAUCCUUUGAAGACUCAUCCUCUGUGGAUGUGAAAGGUAAAUAUGCCCGUGUCCGUGGUCUAGCUGGUCUCGCGUUACACCGUACCGAGCGUGACGUGGAUACGACCUGCGGGCCGACGUUAAGAGCCGCACUUGCCAAGGUGCUAAACCAGCAGAGUCGAGCGCCAAGAGCUGCCGUACUCAGGUCUCUAGAAAACGAGAUUUUGUCUGUACCGAGUCAUGUUCGCGCGCUGAACGCGUUACAAGUGUCUCCAUACCGUAUCACCCAAAUCGUUGACUCUGACGGUGUUAUACACUCCAUCAGAGAGGAUACACGCACAGAGUUUUCAUGCUCACGCCAAGGCUACUUUGUGCAUCCUCGCUCCUGCGCCAGGUUCUAUCGCUGCGUCAAGUUCGACCAGCUCUCACCGGAAUACACAGUUUUCGAAUUCGACUGUCCAGCUGGUCUCGCAUUCGACUCCCGAUACGAAGUAUGCGUUUGGCCCGGUAGUCUUCCCCAUUCGCAGGCCUGCCCAGGUUCCUCAGAGAUCGCCCCGGUUCCCAAAACAAGAUUCAUCUGUCCUGAACAUGAAGGUUACUACGCUGACCCGGAGAACUGUCGCUGGUUCUUCGCUUGUCUCGACCACGGCACUUCACCUCUGACGGCCUAUGAGUUCCGUUGUCCUUUCGGUCUUGGAUUCGAUGCAGAACGACUUAAGUGUGACUGGCCGUGGCUCGUGCCUAACUGUGGAAACAUUGGACGAUAUGAAGCUGAAGCACAUGGCUUCUCUGCUGCACUUUUAACUGGUGCAGGUGGCUUUAAUGGCCACACGGCAGAUGCUAUCAAUGUUGCUGCUCACCAGAGUUUAGUGUCCGGAGCAUCGUUGGAUAACCUUGUUGGCAUUCAAGGCGGUUACCUCACAAAGAACGAUGCUUUAGAUUCUAAUUUCAUUACAUCCCAAGAACUAAACAAUGCUGCACAAGCUUAUGAUAGAGGCCACGGUUCUAGUGAUGUAGCAUACCAAGUUGGUGAUGCAACGUUAGGCUUAGUACAACCGACUCAAUAUAAUAACCAAGGACAGUACUCAAGUGGGUCCAUAAUAUUGGAUGAUUAUAGGCUUCCUACUAAAGAAGAAUUAGCACAUAAAGCUGCCCAUAAUGAUCAUGUGCAAGCAGUUCAGUCACAUGCAGAUCAGCUUCAAGGUCAGCUUCAAUCAAUUCAAACAAUUCAUUCUGGAACAUCCCCUGGCCAGACUACUGGAUACAAUAAAUAUUCUGGUACUGCUUCAUCUGGAUACGGUCAAUACUCAACUCAAUAUAAAAGCAACAACUAUGACGAUGAUUCUGGCAAAUACAUUCACGAUCCUUCUGGGGAUCACGCUGAGCCUUACAAACACCAGGACUCUCCUACCGUACCUUAUAUCCAUAAUAAUGCUGCCUACAAACAAUCUAGUGAAUAUUACGACUACGGUAAGUACUCCGGCUCCUAUCAAGACUCCGGAUAUUUUGGAAGUCAAUAUGUUGACGACAAUAGUGGACAGUAUGUUGAAGACAAUUCUGGAGCAUAUGUAGAGAGAAACUCCGCAUCUGGUGGAUACCAAGGUGGUUAUACUAAGGGAUACAACGCUGAUUACUCUGGAUUUUACCAGAGUGACGAUUCAGGAAAAUAUAGCGCUGGAGUGUACAGAACUGAUGGCCAUAUUGGUAAUGGCAAAGCUACCAGUUCUUCAAAUUCCCAACAGUAUCAUAGGUACAGCGAAGCGAACGCUGGAAACUACGUAAGCGAUGCUAAGGCACUCUCUGGUUCUCCACACAUUUUAACAGCUGGUGCCAUUAAUGUUGGAUUAGUAGGAAAAACCACUUUAAUUGAUGCUGAAUACAAAGACCAGAGCAACUAUCAUGGAUUAAAUCCUCAUCUUACUCAGUCCUACAGUCAUUCUACUCAAACUUUGCAUCCAUCCCAUAUAGUGUCACACCUAUCACAGCCAGCAGUUUCUAUAAGUCAUGUUGGUACUGACGAGAAUAACCUCGAUGGAUACAAUUACGUCACCACCCCAACGUCUUCGGGCAUACCUACUACAGCUACUCCAUUUGCCGCCACUACUUCGUUGCCCGUCGUUUCAACGUACAAAACUACUUUUGUUCCACAAGCGCCUAAAACAAGCAUUAAGCAAGUCUUUGGUAUCUCACAGCCUGCUUUGACAUACGUUGAACCCACCCGUAUUGCUGUAAAGCAAUUAACACCUCAAGUUGAUGUGAGCGAUCACAAACAAGGUGUUAAAUAUCAUUUACAAGGUCACCACUACUCUUCUGGCAGUUACAAUGGUGAGGAUAGCAAAGAUAAGUCGGGAUAUGUCUAUUCCAAGCCCAGUAUUAAUUUCGAAGAUGGUAUUUCGUAUACCACUACAGCCCCAGCAAUUGCUAUAUCAACCUAUAAACCGGAAAGCUUCAGCCACAAUCAAGGAAGUUAUAAUCAAAUUGGAUAUGGUGGCAUUGACUACUCUUAUCGCACUCCUGUUUAUGAAGAACCUAUCAAAAAAGCUGUAGCUUACACCACUGGGGAUUCUGUCAAUUCAUUUGCGCAACCCACCGCUUCCUCUUACACUCCACACUCUUUCAGCCACCAAACAGUUCAUAAAAUAGAAUCUAGUAAUACAUAUGUCCCUUCUGUACAAACUGAUUAUGAAUACUCAAAAUCACAAGUUGUGUAUGAAGAGCCCAAGAUUAUUCAGUAUACUACUCCGCAACCUACUAUUCACGUUCAACCAGUCGUUUCAAAAAGUGUACAUGAAGUCGACACAACUAGAGUGAAUGCUUAUUCUGGAGAAUCAGGAUACAACUAUGCAAAACCGUCUGUUCCGUUUGCAGAAGCUAAGACCAUCUAUUCAACACCUGCUCCUAUCGUGACUUCUACCUACAAACCUCAGAUUUACAGCCACCAAACCGUCCACAAAAUAGAGGCACAGAAUUAUGUACCAGUUUCAACUACACCUAAAUAUGACGUCAGCUACCAGUCUACUCCGGUUACCCUAUAUGAAAAUCCUUUUGUAAAAUAUACCCAAGAUGUGACGCCAGUUACCUACACCAAACCUUCUUAUACUUCUAAUGCCGUCAGUCAUCAAACGAUUCACAAAGUAGAAAAUACUAAUGUUUAUAGGCCAGCUAACACCGACUCUGGAUACGAGUACACUAAAUCCCCAGUAACCUUCCAAGAACAGCCACGUGAAGUUGAAUAUACCACUGUCCAACCUAGUGUUAGUUCUACGUAUCAACCACAGGUAUACAGUCACCAGACCUUACACAAGGUGGAUGCUAAUCGAGUAAAUACUCAUUCUCAAGGAUUCCAAGGUUAUGAAUACCAACAACCUGCUCUGAAGUUCGAAGAAAAUCCUAAAACUAGUUUUGAAUAUUCUACUCCCGCGGCAAUUAUUACCACGUAUCAACCACAAGUAUACAGCCACCAGACCGUUCACAAAAUUGACGCAAGUCAAGUUAAUAGUAAUUCCCAGGCAUCUAACGGUUAUGAAUAUCAACAUGGUGCUGUCAAUUUCGAAGAAUCACCUAAAACGAUCUUUGAAUACACUACUCCCGAACCAGCUGUUACUACGUAUCAGCCUCAGGUAUACAACCACCAGACCCUUCACAAAGUCAAUGUUGGCCAAGUUAACGGUUAUUCCGAACAAUCUAAUGGUUAUGAUUACCAACAAGCCGCUGUCAAAUUCGAAGAAGCACCCAAGACAACAGUUGAGUAUUCAACUCCAGCACCAAUUGUUACUACAACGUACCAACCACACGUGUUUAGUCAUCAAACUUUACACAAAGUAGAUGCCAGUCAAGUGCAAACAUAUUCUCAAGAUACCGAUGGAUAUGAAUACAAGAGGCCUGCUGUAAAAUUCGUUGAACAACCUAAAUCAGUGUUUAAAUACUCUACUCCUACUGCCGCUCGAUCUCAAUCAUUCAGCCAUCAGACCGUUCACAAUGUAGAAAGACAGAAAUAUACACCAGUUACUUCCACUUUUGCUCCCAAAGUUGAUAUAACUUACCAACAGGCAGUUACAACAUACGAAAAUCCAAUACUUAAAUAUACACAGAAGGAGACACCAGUGACUUACGUACAGCCUACAGCCGCAGUUUAUACGCAAACAUAUAAACCAAUCAUUCAGCAACAUGAAGUCAAACAUAUAAUUAGUGAACCAGUAGAAUACCAGCAAAAUAGGCACUUAAAUCUGGAAAGUUACUCAUAUAGUCAACCGGAAAUUCAAAGAAAUGUGGAAAGAAGCAAGGGAUAUUCUGACGCAAGUGUAGUGUCUCAUCAAUAUUACCACCAAUCGAAUAAAAACCAAAACUACGAAUCAGGAAAAGUUAUUGUCUCCACCUCGCCAUCAACUCUUAUCUACGAAGACCAUUAUUCAGAAUAUAAAUCACCAAAUGUUGAUUUCAAGGCCCCUGAGUACAUACCACCUAAGAAUGAUUACAAAUUAUACUCGACUGCAUCUACUGCGUCGACCCCUGUUGUCCACGAGAGCUCAGUGAUUCAUCAAGCUCAAGAAUACAUUGCACCCAAAACGUACUCCGAAACAAACCUCUUAGUUGGACGGACAAAUCAAGAUACCCAAGGCAAUUAUGAAUACAAAGCUGAGGAUUACUCGCAACAAUACGAAACGGUACAAAACACUUUACCAGCUGUCCAACAUGUUUCUUUCAGUACUUCCCAUGUGGCACAACCAGAGAAAGUAGAGUCAAUCCACUUCUCAUUCCCUAGUACAACACCUAAAACUCAAUAUCAACAAUACCAAUCACCCGAAAUCCAAGUAGCUUAUAAAUCCGAAGAAUAUUUACCACCAGUGGUGUCUACAGCAACUCCAAUUAUAACGUCUACAUAUAAGCCGAGGACUUACUCAACUGUGUCUAAUAUUAGAGAAUAUCUACCACCAGCUGAACCUAAAGUUAAGUCUACAACACCGAGUUAUCGAACUGAAUCUACUACUGCGUAUCAGGCUUCAGAGUACUUGCCUCCAGUAGAAGCAAAUGGAGCUAGAGGAGUUAGUUUUAGUUACAAUGACGGAGCUUCCCAGGGCCACCACUUUUCUGAACAAGCUUUUGCAGUAAAUCAUGCUUCUGCACCAGUGCACAAACAUAACAUUGUGGUCGAAACUGCUAAAUCCCAUUUACUCGGUUUUGGUACUGUAGGCCCAGAUGCUGGACUGGUAUCGGCAACAUAUACCACAGCUGCCCCCAUUAUAUCUUCCACUUACAAGCAAAGAGUGAAGUCUACUACACCCACUUAUAGAUACAAAUCUACAACGGAUUAUCAGGCACCAGAAUAUUUACCACCUUCGGAAGAAGUGCCAUUGGAAGUUGACGUUGGAAACUUCGGGUACAAAAAUACUAAAGGAUCUUACUCGAAUAUUCAAAUUAAUCCAUACCAAGAGGCAACAAUUUUGUCUACUGCUGCACCAAUUUAUAGAAAACAAAAUAUUGUUGUGAAAACAGCAAAGUCCCAUUUGCUUAAUUAUGAAAGAGCCGGAUCUGACGCCGGACUAGUUUCUCCUGUAUCAUACACGACAUCAUCACCAGUUGUAUCUAGUUCUGAAUCAUAUUCACUUUCUCGGAAACCUGUUACUUCGAUAUACUCUCCUGAGGAACAAGGUCUCUUUGAAGUCACUCCUUCUACCAUUCCGAUAAGAAAGACAAGACCGAAAGUAGCUGUUGUUACUAAAAUAAACGAUUUUAAUCCAUUCCUAAUACGUAAAUUAGGAGCUGUCUGUAGUUGUCAAUCGCCAGUCCUCAUUCUUAAAGGGAAGAGGCCAACUCAACAACCACAAGAUAUACCUGAUUAUAAUGAUUCUGAUAAUUCUGGCCGUGGAGAUAUUAAUGGGGAUAAUUAUAAACAAAGAUAUACUAAAGUGCAAGCACAUAUUGACUCCGUUGCCACCCCCGCACCAAUCGUUUCAUCUACCUUUAAUCCGAUCAUUGUACCUGAUGACUCAUUCUAUCAAGAUUUACAAGAACAGAGCGGUUAUGAUGUGGCUGUAACACCUAAACAUUCAGAAAGUUAUAUUUCGAAUGUGCCAAUAGGAGCUUCUACAACAUUAAAACCUAUCAGAAUCCGAAACAGAGUGAAGGCUGUUACUGUUGCUCCUACAUACGAAACUGUAUUGUUAAAUCAAAAUGCGGCACUAACUACCAAAGCUGGAGGGGACUCUUCAGCCGGCGUUGAAGCUCAAGCGUUCGACCGUUAUGGUCCAGGAGGCUGGAGAAGUAGAGACGAAACACUACAGGGAUCAGUGGAUUGUAAGAGAGCUGGUUUGUUCCGUCAUCCAAAACAGUGUAACAAGUUCUAUGCUUGCAGAUGGGAUUGUACUAAACAGAGGUUUACUCUUCAUGUCUUCAAUUGCCCUAUCCAACUCAGUUUCGACCCGAGCAUAGGAGCUUGUAACUGGCCCAGUCAAGGACCUGCCUGUCAGGGGGACACUCUUCUAACUAACGUUCUUUAA